AUGGCAAUGGAUUGGGCAGUACAAGAAGAGAUUGCUAAUAAAUGGAGGAAUUUGAACCCUCAAGAGAAGGCAACAUAUGGCUCUGCCUUGGAUUUAUCGGGUGGGCAAGUAGAAGGAUCAAGUGGGCAAGUAAACGUGUCAGUGAAUGAGAAGGGUUUUACCAGUAGAUGCAGCCCGGAUCGAUUCCAUCAGACGGUGGAAAAAUUGUCGAAUCAGAAGCGCUUAGCAAUUAAUGAAAUUGGGUUUGGUAAAGUGGCAUCUUUGUGUUGCACUCGUUUACGCCGCGAACUAUGCCAAUUUCUAAUUGAAAGGUUCAAUCCUGAUACGUCUUCUAUACAACUGCACGGCAAUGUGAUUGGAAUAAGUGCCGUUGAGUUUGGGCGUGUUAUGGGUCUUAAGAACACCGGCGAGGUUGUUGAACUUGAGUGGCUGGUAGAAGAUGAAAAGGUGAAAGAGUUAGUGAAUAGUUUCGGUGGAAAUGGCAAGAGAGUAUUAGUAAGGGAUUUAGCUGAACAAUUGGAAAAGUGCGAAAAUGCCGAUGAGGACUUUAAAGUUCGAUUUGUGAUGUUCGCACUUGGCACUGUACUUUGCCCGACCUCCUCACCAUCAGUGACGGGGAACUAUUUAACUUUCUUGACGAUCCCAGGGAAGAUAGAGACUAAGAACUGGGCCGACCAUGGAUUCAACUUCUUAUGUGAAGGUAUUAGGUCGUUCAAAGCAAAGAAAGUUUCGUAUGUAAAUGGGUCACUACUAUUUCUCCAACUACUGUAUUUCGAUUCAAUUCUCCAUGGUGGAGUAUAUGUUGAUAAGUCUUUGGAUCCCAUUGUGUCAUGGGACAAUAAGUCGGUGUGGAAAAUGAUUAAAUGGGUCAGAAAGCAAGGUGGGUUUGAUAGUCCAACCGUUCGGGUAGUUUCAAAGCACAGUCCAACGAAUGAAGUGUCGAGAGUAAACCUUGAAAGAAUUGUUCAAGAAGUUGCAGUCAGUUUGGCGCCAAUAAUACAGGCCGAGGUGAAGCGAUCAGUUGAAGGACUUGCUAUAACUUUGGGGCCGAUAAUACAGGCGGAGGUCCAGCGGUCAAUGUUGGAACUCACUGACAAGGUAAUGAGUCAAGUGAGCUCCUUCAAUAAAGACGCAAGACAACAUCUUCAUCCGGGACAUGAAGAUGUAAAUCAAACUAAGGACAGUCCACUGAAAGAACGAGAUCAAGGUGGUGAGAGUGUUGUGAAGAAGAAGGGUGAAGAAGCUAGCAAAUUAAAGGAGAAAGGUGUAGUUGAUGUAAACAAUACUUGGAUGCUAUUACCGGAUGGACAGAGUUUCAGUGAACCCGAGUUGAAAAUUGGCGUGGAAAAGAGGAAGUUCACAAAACCGGCCCGUGGUGAUGAAACUCGAAUUAAAACACGUCGAACGGCCGAAAGGCGUCCAGGAGUUCUUUGUAGAGAGCCAUGGGUUGACCCGUCAACCGCAAAAGGAAAGGUUGUGCAUUCAACGACGUCUAAGAUGAAAAUUGGGCCUUUCAAAUUAAAACCCGGGGACUUAGAAGACUCCGAUUUAGAGUUAUUUAGUUAUAUUUUUAGGUCUAACAACCUUUCAAGUGGCGAAAUUAUAAUUCAAAUUGAAAACAAACAUCAUGUCACGAGAGGUGAGUUCAUGUGCUUAAGGCCCGAAGAGUGGAUUAAUGAUGGAGUACUCAACGCACACGUGUAUUAUCUAGAAGAAAAGGGGUCAAGGAAUUGGUACUUCCCCACAUAUAUGGCGGAGCAAGUUCAUAAUACAAGUGAUGGUCAACUUUUCGAAUUGGCUGUCAAACUGAGAAGGGAAAACACAAAUCGGUUCACCGUAAGGCUUAAGAAGUGCGAGAAGAUGUUCAUUCCCGUUUUUGAUCGAAUCGGGAGUCAUUGGUAUUUGAUUGUGGUGCUUCCUAGCGAUAAAAAAGUUGAAAUAUGGGAUAGCCUCCCCGGUCCUAAGUACAACGCAGGUCGUUAUCAACAAGCAGAACGAAUUGUAAGUUUAAUUGACCUAAUGGUCCGUUUGUAUUUUUAUUGUCCUAACAACCCGACUAAGAAUUCAUUUGCAUUGAUUGUGUUGUAG